AUGGGGGACAGAACAAGCAUUAGAGAUCUUGCAAAGAUGCUGAAUUUUGGGCCAACAACACUUUGGAGAAUGGUGAAAAGAAAACAGAUCAAAGCACAUUCAAGUCCCUUGCAUCCAGGCAUUUUAGAAGAAUGCAAGAUGGCAAGGAUGAAGUGGGUACUUGGUCUCAUAAUGGACUACUCAAUACCAAUGAUCCCACAUUAUUACAACAUGUAUGAUUUCAUUAACAUCGAUGAGAAAUGGUUCUAUCUAACGCAAAAAAGUCAAAGAGUCUAUUUAGCAAACAAUGAACCAUUUUCACACAGAAAGGCAAAAUCAAGAACAAAGAUUCCAAAGUUCAUGUUCAUGGCAGCAGUAGCAAGGCCAAGGUGGGGAGAAGAUGAGCAGUGUGAGUUAGAUGGAAAUCUAGGUAUAUUUCCAUUCACAGAUGCAGUGGCAGCAAAGAGAACAUCCAAAAACAGAGUGAAGGGGACAAUUGAGACAAAACCAAUCAAAUUAGUUAAUCAGAUUGCAACUAGGGCCAUGUUAAUCAACUACUUAAUCCCAUCAAUUAAAGAGAACUGGCCACCACAUGAGGGGGAAAAGGUGAUAUACAUCAUUCAAGACAAUGCAAAGGCACACAUUUUGCAAUAUAAUCAAGAAUGGAAACAACACUACAAGCAAGAUGGGUCAAUACAAUCACUUAUGCACAAAAAGAUACCCAAAAUGGUGGAAGAUUUAAGUGGUGCAUUGAUUGACUCAUUUAAUGAACUGCAUGCAAAGACUCUAUCUAAUGUGUGGAUGUCACUUCAAUAUGUUGGAAAUGAAAUUCUGAAACACAAGGGGGACAACAACUACCAACUCCUACACAACAAGAAAAAGAUUUUAGAAGAUGAGGGCAAUCUGCCAAAACAAGUGAAGGCACCAAGGUGGGCUGUGAAUGAGUGUACACAACUUGUUGAAGAAUGA